AUAGAAAUAAUAUAUGUAAAGUAUCUAGCUCAUAGGAGGCACCAAGAAAUGAGUUAUUAUCAGUGUUAUUAUUGAGAGGAGGCUAGGGAGAGACCUGCCCAGCCUAUGGAGGGAGGCCUUGACCUUUGGACUUUCACAGGUGACCGGUCCAACGCCCCACACAUGCACAUAUAUAUCCUCCUCCUCUGAGGUAGCUCUUCCUUCAAUCGCUUCCUUCAGUAGCUAUUUUAAAGAACCUCAAGUGAAAGGAACUGAACCAGAUCUAGAACUCUGACCUCCUCCCUCACCUCCCUGCCCCUCACCAGCCGCUUCUUGUCAAGUGAUCAGGCUGUCACUAGCGUCUGCAGGGUAAGGUUUCAGGUCAGCCAGAGUGUAUAAAGAUAGGUGCCAAGCCGGAGGCAGCAGAGACAGCCGUGAAUGGCCAGGGAGCAAUCAGAGUCCUGUUGCCGCCUCCUGGGAUGGAGCACUAAGGAGCGCUAAGGAGGUCCUGAGCUUCCCCUACCCCUGCUGGACUCAGCCUCCUCCCUGCAGGAAAGCCCAGGGCUGCAGAGCGGCCUCUCUCCUCAGACCUGAACUGGGCCCUCAAGGGACUGGGAGAAACGUCUGGGACCAUGGUUGGACUAAAGCCUUCAGAGAUGCCUCCGACAACAGCUGUGAAGUUCCUGGGGGCGGGCAUGGCGGCCUGUUUUGCUGACCUCCUCACCUUUCCACUGGACACAGCCAAGGUCCGCCUGCAGAUCCAGGGGGAGAACCAGGCAUCCCAGGUGGCCCGGAGCGUCCAGUACCGCGGCGUGCUGGGCACCAUCCUGACCAUGGUGCGCACCGAAGGCCUCCGCAGCCCCUACAGCGGGCUGGUCGCCGGCCUGCAGCGCCAGAUGAGCUUCGCCUCCAUCCGCAUCGGCCUCUACGACUCUGUCAAGCAGUUGUACACCCCCACAGGAUCAGACCACUCCAGCAUCGCCACCCGGAUUUUGGCGGGCUGCACCACAGGGGCCAUGGCGGUAACCUGUGCCCAGCCCACGGAUGUGGUGAAGGUCCGAUUUCAGGCCAACAAGCACUUUGGGCCUGGCGGCAACAAGAAGUACAGUGGGACAAUGGAUGCCUACAGGACCAUCGCGAGGGAGGAAGGGCUCAGGGGCCUGUGGAAAGGAACUUUCCCCAACAUCACGAGGAAUGCCAUUGUCAACUGUGCUGAGAUGGUGACCUAUGACGUCAUCAAGGAGAAGCUGCUGGACUAUCACCUGUUUACCGACAACUUCCCCUGCCACUUUGUCUCUGCCUUUGGAGCUGGUUUCUGUGCCACAGUGGUGGCCUCCCCAGUGGACGUGGUGAAGACCCGGUAUAUGAACUCACUCCCAGACCAGUACCGCAGCCCCCUGGACUGUAUGCUGAAGAUGGUGGCCCGGGAGGGUCCCUCAGCCUUCUAUAAGGGAUUUACACCCUCCUUUUUGCGACUGGGAAUCUGGAACGUGGUGAUGUUUGUAACCUAUGAGCAGCUGAAACGGGCCUUGAUGAACGUCCAGAUGCUACGGGAAUCUCCGUUUUGAAUAGGUCAGGCCACUUGGAUGCAACUGGAACAAAAUCAGUUAAGAAUGGAAUAAAACAGUGGGUCCAC